AUGGAUGUGACUGAGCCAACAUGCAGCCAGAAGCGUUUUGGGGAAGUGAUCCGAAGCGUGAGCAUUUUCCUCAAAAGAAUCGGCUACGAUCCCACUGCUGUGCCAUUCGUUCCGAUCUCGGGCUGGACAGGGGAGAACAUGUUUGCCCUAUCUCAGAAUGUGAGUGGUUUUUGAUAGAAUUCAUCAUUUCAGCACAUUUAAUUUACAAAGAUGUAUUUGUCUUCAAUGCAUGAGCUUAACCCUCUUCUGCUGUGUAGAUGUCCUGGUUCAAAGGCUGGAAAGUCAGGAGACUGGAGGGGCAUGCAAACGGGAGAACUGGGAGGCUGCCCCUGCAGGAUGUCUACAAGAUCGGAGGUGAGUGGUGGCUCAAGAUGCCUACAGUACAUUUGUCACUUUCCCCAAAAACGGAGUAGUUGUACUCUCUUCCCUCUGUGCUGCAGGAGUGGGCACGGUUCCAGUGGGGAAGAUCGUGACUGGGAUUCUGAAGCCCGCUAUGAUCCUGUCGUUCUCCCCUGCCAAGCUUACUGCAGAGGUUAAGUCCAUUCAGAUGCACCACCAGGGUCUGGAGAUAGCCGGGCCGGGCCACAACGUGAGCUUCAACAUCAAGAACGUGGCUGUGAAGAACCUCUGCCGUGGAGAUGUGGCUGGCAACACCCAGCAUGACCCUCCCUCUGACGUCAACAGCUUCGUGGCACAGGUACGCAUAUGACCGUAUCACUAGCUGAACUUGGCAAAUAUAGCGUUGCAUGUGAUUGUCAUAUUACUUAGCGCUAUAUUGUCUGAAUGUAGAUACGUUGUCAAAUCAGACAAUCUUCCCUGGUAUAGGAUGUUAAUUUCUGUUCCCUACUAGCUGAGAACUUUGGACUAUGCUGUAGCCCAGUGCUGUGCUCAUUUAAUUAUUUACUUCCCACAGCUCAUAAUCCUGAACCAUCCUGGCAAAAAUCAAGACUGGCUACUCUCCUGUACUGGACUGCCACACCACCCACGUAACCUGCCGCUUUUCAGAGCUGAAGGAGAAGCUUGACUGUCGCACAGGGAAGAAGCUGGAGGACUUUCCCCAGACCCUGCAGUCUGGAGACGCUGCUACUGUCAAGAUGAUCCCCAACAGACCUCUCUGUGUGGAGAGCUUCUUCACCUACCUUCCUUUAGAUACACUACGCUUCUCGACAUCUUUUCAGGGUAACAUCACUGGCAGUGAGCUUGGAACUGGUAGCUUUUGCUGCAUAACAUUUUUCUAGAUCAAUGUUUUACUAGCACAUGGCUUUCCUUCAUGUACAUGUCUGAUCUUAACAAAUGGCUGCUUGUUCAACAGAUGCUCCCCAUCUAGACUAUGGCUGACUUUGGUAAUUGUAUCUGUUCCUUCCCUCAGGUCGGUUUGAAGCAAGGGACUUGAAGCAGACUGUUGCUGUGGGAGUCAUUAAGACAAAGGCUCAAAGAUGCAUGCACAGAAAUGCCGAGUCUCAAAAUGAAUAA